CACCAUGGCAGACAAGAAGAUCGCGGCGAUCCAGGCAAAGCUGCAGGAGUCGUCGCGCGACUUUCAAAAGCUCGAGUCGGACAUGGCCGGCACCAUCGAGGCGCGCCAGCGGCUGGACGCGCAGCUGUCCGAGAACCAGCAGGAGUUUGAGGGCCUCAAGGCGCACAACACGGUGUUCAAGCUCAUCGGCCCCGGGCUCGUGCCGCAGGACCAGGCCGAGGCGCGGGCCAACGUCCAGAAACGUCUCGAGUUCAUCAAGAGCGAGAUUACGCGCGUCGAGAAGCAGAUCAAGGACCAGGACGCCGUGGCGUCGAAGAAGAAGGACGAGAUCAUGGCCCUCCAGCGCGAGUUCCAGGCGCUGCAGCCCCCCAGCGCUGUGCCGGCCAAGUAGGCGCGCGAUAGAGCAGAGCAUUGGCGUCUAAUUCGGCGG